GCCUUGUUUCGUCGGUGUGGGAGGAAAUUCCCGAGUUGAGCAGUUGGGAGGAGGCUGCGCGGAAACCGGAAUUGCGGGGGCAGCGGACUGGGAAAGGAUGACGGGGGCCCUCGAACGUACCGCCCCGCUUUUAUACUUUUUGCCUGAUCCACCAAAAGUCCUAUAAAUACCGGCCCCCUCUGCAACCCCCCUCCCUAUCGAUCCCACCGAUUCAACGGCGCUUCCCACAAGUUUCUUCAUUGGCUUUCGUAUAUCGCUGGGUGAAUAAAGUUUUCAAUUCUACCUACUGCAAACAUGUCGAACCAACUUGUGCCCGGGGUCUAUAACUAUGUUAUUGAUGAAGUCUGCGACAGUGUUUCCACUACGUUCGCGGAAAUGGGCGUCGGACAAAAUAUCCUGGCGGAAAUGCGUCAGGUGUGGAAACAGAAGAUCUCUGGAAUGAGGGUGGCAGACUUUGACUUUAAGGACGAAGAAGACGACGGAUACGAUGAUUAUGAGACUGACUACUAUCCCGCUGACGGGGUGGAUCACGAUGCCUCUUUCACAACGACGGGAGCUGAAGGCGAUGACGGUCUGGAAAGUGGUGCGUCAUUGGAGUGGACGCAAUAUGCCAGCCACCAUACAGGGUUGACAGACGGGCAUAUAUCCACAGAGGAAGAUGUCAAGAUAAUACCGCAGGAGGACGGGGCCCCAGACGAUGGAGCACCAAGUAGUUCUUCUGCUGCCGUCCCAUCCAGAGUGGCAAUUGAUCGUAUGAUUGAAAAGCAAUGGGCGCAAGCUCGCGAUGAGACGGCCCGAAAGCUGGCGAAGCGUCGGAUACGGCAGCUGGAUGGGGUUGACGAUGAUGAGGAGGAAGAUGAAGAUGAUGACAAUGAUGACGGAAUCAAUUCCGAGCUUGACGACGAAGAUUCCGAGGAUGAGGCUGCUGAUACGCCAGAUCUCAUUCUGUGUCAGUACGAAAAGGUGAAUCGCGUAAAGAACAAAUGGAAGUGCGCUCUGAAAGAUGGCAUUGUAACGGUGGACGGAAGGGAUUACCUGUUCAAUAAGGCGAACGGAGAGUUCGAGUGGUAAUCAAGCAUAAUGCCCGGUUUGGCGGGUCGCAGUCGACUGUCGGGUCCGUCACGAUUUGCUCAAGAUCUGCUGUGACAAGGGUUGCUCAGUUCGUUUUCAACAUCUGUUGCUGCCAGUAACGCAUACGACGUACCUGUGUGAUGUUACACUUUCUUGUAAAUUCAUAAUUCUGCAUGAGAGAUUCUCAUUUCUCAUGUUCAAUCUCACAUAAAACCUGUAUAAAUACCUCCCAUGAUUGGCAUCUCGGUUACUGGGGCGAUUGAACAACACUGAUUUGUGUGAUGAUAUGCCU